UAUAGCCUGCCACCAAACAGCUUUGGCAUCACUUGCAAGGCUGCUUAUCGAAGAGACUACAAGCUUGGUGAACUUUGUUUGGUACCAAACAAGAAAUACGUCUUUGAAGUCUUUAUCACUGCAGUACGUUUUUGAAGUCUUUACCACUGCAUGCAUUGAAUGAUACUUGGGCCGUAUUCUAAAAGCUCACUCACACUCGCACUCAAUGAGUGGAGGUUCAAUUUGAGCUUCUCUUGAGUGCCAAUGCUAUUUUUGAAUAACUGGAGGGCGAGUAGUCGCAUAGUAAGGUAUGACACUAGCCCUCCAGCUAUUCAAAAACAGCAUUAACACUCAAGAGAAGCUCAGAUUGAACCUCCAUUCAUUGAGUGUGAGUGUGAGUGUGAGCGUGCUUUUUGAAUACCGGCGUUAGUCUGGUAUAUAUAAACAGGAACAUUCGAGUAGUGUAAUUGAAAAUUCUGUUAAAUGACUUUCAAUAUUAAUAAUAAUCAAGGCAUUUCUCUUUCCUUGCAGAACAUGUCUAUCACUUUACAAAAACCAGAUGUUGAUGACAGGGUGUUCCGUAAUAGUGAAACCCAUUUGGCUUCUCAUGGCUACGAACACGCCGAAGUCAAUACUGGUACUUGGAUUUUAUACAAGGAAAUAAACUACAACGAAGGAAUUUCAGAGAGCAGCGAAGAUGAUAUCAAGAUAUUGAGCAGCGCGGACAAUGUCGUUGAUAUAUCUCACCACAACGGUUCUAUGUACCUUCUCCCAGAUGAUACUGAUGCCAUAGUGUUAUUUAAACGCUUCAAUUUCGGAGGAGUUAACCCAAAUCCUAUGGUGAGUGACUUUUGUCAGCAUUUCGUUGGGUAGAAAACGGAUAAGAGUGCACGCAUUUGAUUUCGUUUAAUCUGCCUAAUUUGAAAAAUUUCGGCAAGGUUGGGUGCAGUAACUGAACGAAUACGCACUCCCCCUAUGUUGUAAAAUGCUAGUUGCACGCCAGUAGAGACCUUAAGAUUGAGGCAGCAAUGUGAACGACAAUGGCUAACCAAAUACGGAUUUUUUACAUUCAUAUUAGCAAAAUGACGUCAAAGAGUGAAAGAAAUAAUAAUAAUAAUAAUAACUUUAUUCAACAAACAAAAUACCAGUACUGGUAUAUAAAGAAUACAGCAAAUGUCUAUAAGCUAUAUAAAAAUAACAUAAUAGAACAAGAGUAAAUAAUAUUUACAACAAUGACAAAAUUUAAAUAAGGACAAGUCAAGGAAGAGCUAGAUGCAGGCAAGAUCUAAAAAAAUCUUCAUAAUUUCGUAUAUGUACUUAGCCGUAGGAUUAAUAAUGUUUUUGUCAUUCAUUGACACACAGUAUAAAAAUAAAUUAUUUGUACCCAACAAGCUGAAUUUGCUGUUAUAAUCGACUAACUCAUUUAAAAAAUUUUCUCGCAGUCUUUCUAACCUUUUGUUACUACAAUGUGAAAAGUAGUGAUAUUCGUCCCCAAUCUCAUUCGAGUUACAAAUUGGACAUAGACGUAAAUCGUGUUCAAUAUUCGCAUAUCGUCCAGUUUCAAUUGGUAACUUAUGAGCGGAUAUCCUAAACCUAGUCACUGCUUGACGGUGCUUCACAAUUUUAACUUGAGAUAAAUAACUUUCAAAUUCUAUACUAGGUUUUACAAGAUUGAAAACUUGCAAUUUACUGAGUUGUUGAAUCUGAACUUUCCACAUGAUAUUAAAUCUUUCACAUAACUCGUUUUUGAUACUUUUAACUACAUUAUUAAUAUCACUCUUCUUCCAAAUUGUAGUAUGUUUUAAAGGAUUAAAGUUACAUAUCUCUAACAAAAAAAGAUUGAAUUUUGCAAUCGGACAACAUGAUUGAAUGCAUACACGUGCUGCUUUACCCACAAACUGGUUUUCAUACAUUGGACUAUUUAUUCUUAACCAAUACUUGAUGGCUAAUGUGGAAACCUGGAUAAUCAUUGGGUAUCUUCCUAGUUCAGCAAUUGCUGCUAGAUUGGUAGAUUUGGAAUGGACUCCCAGAAUCCGUUUACAAAACUUUAUAUGCAACUUUUCAACAUCCGAAAUCGUACUAAAAAACUUUUUCUUAAACAUUUCAAUAUUUGUUAAACUUCCUAGUAAUUGAAAGAUGAAAAAAAUUUGGACGCGUUUGCGCCAUAUUACUAUGACGACGAGAAUCAUAUUGAUUCGCUGACGCCAUUGAUAUGACGCGACGACGGCUGCCGAAGGACUAAGGAAUUGUUUUUUUCUUAAUACAAAUAAAAUACAAAUGUUUGUUUUGAAUUUUUUAAAUAAAUAAUAAAACAAUUAUUGAAUUCGGUUUUCGCACAAUAUGAAGAAUUAUCAAGCCCGGCAAACUUCGGGCUUGAUAAUUCUUCAUAUCGUGCUCAAAUUUAAUACAAUGAAAUUGUGAUAUUUAAGAAAAGAAAUGAAUAAUUGAAAUCCAACGGGAGUUUAAGACGUUGUUCGCAGUCAGUUAUUACGGCAAAGUGCAGAUUUUUACGUCUUGCUUACAACGGUAGCCAUUUCAAGACGCGAACAGUGAUACUCAGCACAAUUGUCCAGUACUGAAGUAGAACUAGUGCUAAAAUCAAACUAAAAUUGACAUAACUGACAAUUGACUACAAGUUUAUACCUGUCACGUUUUAGGCAUAUGAAGUUUUCCUUGCAAUUCUUCAUAUAUAUCAAAGAGUUUGUUUUCGUCGUGUUGCCCUUGUACAUCCUAAGGCCUUUAGGCUUUAGUGUUUUAAACAGAUAUUAACUUUAAAUAGCAGAAGUUAUGCAUUACUAAGCUUCCCAUCCCCUUCCAAAAGGUAACCUGCACCUAUCAUUGCAGUUGUGGCCUCCAUCACUUUUCGUUUAUUCUAUAAUUCAGGAAUACACAAAGGAACGUCACGAUGAUAUCACGGCGGAUUUUCCUCCUGGAUCACCAAAUGGUGCUUCCUCAGCAUUCGCGGUGGAUGUUAAUCGUCGCUGGAAAUUGUUUAAAGCAGUAAAGUGUGUGGGUGAUUUUUUUGUCGUGGAAGGUCGAUUUCCCAAAUUUACUACUACUUUCAAUGAUCAGGUGAAAAGCCUUGCCAAGGAGUAGUCAUCGCGUACAGUUCAAUGAAAUAAACUUUUGCAUGAAUUUCACCGAAUGUAAUUAACUGUUUUAGUCUACCUUAUAGCUUGUACUUGUUUAAUCAUGCAUUGAGAAUGCAUUAAAGGAACAUUGAGAAUGCAUUAAAGGAACAUUGAGAAUGCAUUAAAGGAAUCUUUUGUACGCUGUACGACCAGCCUGUUGUAUCUUUGAAUUUGAUUUCUUUUUUUUUGUACAUGCAAAUAUCAUUACCAAACUCUGUGUAACUGUAUCAGAAACUCACUACCUAAAAGAUAUAAGAAGUCUCGACUUCGUACUUCGCAACUACCCGACGAUUUGCCUUCGCUCCAAAGUCCAAACGUCUUCGUAACUUCCCGAAGAAUUAGGGUCUUUGCUCGAAACGAACAAUACAAUACAAUACAAUACAAUACAAUACAAUACAAUACAAUACAAUACAAUACAAUACAAUACAAUACAAUAAAAAAUUAUUUAUACACGGUAUCUUCAGUAUAACACAUUAGUGACAAAAUAAAGCAUCCAUAGGUAAUGAAAACAUUUUAAGUUAUAAUCUACUGAUUUACGAGAUUGCUGUGUGGGAGUUCAUUUAAACUACUAUAAUAUUUGUCUCCAACUUUACCAAACUGUGCAAAUGAUUGAAGCUUUCGUAUAUGUUCAAGAAGACUAUUCCACAAUAGCGCUCCACUAUACUGAAAGCUUAAUUCGUUUUAAAUAAUUAGUUCGUGGUUUAGGCAAAUUUAACUUCAUUUCGAAGUUCCUAAGAUUGUAAUCUGAGUCACGAACUGAAAAAAGAUUUUGUAGAUAGAGGAAGGUAUAUUACCUUUAAGUGUUUUAAACAUCAAACCAGCGUUAAACUUUUUGCGUCAGGGCCCUUUUUAAGGAUUUUCCCGUGGGGGGGCAUUUUUUGAAAAGGGACCUUUCUGUGAGAUAAUAUAUUAGAGGGGGAUAGCAAUGGCUGAAAGCCACGUGUGUGGCAAAUAUACCACGCAUGAAUGGGGGGUCUGGGGGUGUACUCCCCCAGAAAAUUUUUGAAAUUUGACUCCCGGAAAUGUCAUUUCCUGCAUUCUGAGCAUCCAAAUUUGCUCCAAAAUUUAUCCUAACUAUACUUGUAUUUGAAAUAAAUAAAGGAAGAAACACACAAAAAGUAAAAAAAAUUAACCAUCAUUUAUCAUUACUUAGAGGAGGAUAGCAAUGGUCAGUUGUGUGGGGGUGUACUCCCCCAGAAAAUUUUUGAAAUUUGAACCACGGAAAUGCCAUUUCCUGCAUUCUGAGCAUCCAAAUUUGCUCUAAAAUUUAUGCUAACUAUAGUUGUAUUUGAAAUAAAAGAUGGAAAAAUGCACAAAAAGUAAAAAAGAAUAUUAACUGUAAUUUAUCAUUGCUUAUUAGAGGAAUAAUCCCAAGAAAAUUUUUAAAAUUUGAAACCGUGAAAUGCUAUUUUCUGCAUUCUGAGCAUCCAAAAAAUAUACAAAAAUAUUAACAAUAAUUUAUCAUGGCUUAGUGGUAAAAAAGUAACAAUUUAAAUCGAUUUUGUUAAACCGUUUAUCUAUUUGUUAAUCUUCGCUGGAUUGUUUGUAUAAUUUUAGGAAAAAAAGACUUUUCCUGGGGGGGGGGGCAAAAUGUGAUCUCGUGGGGGGGCUGCCUCCUCCGCAGGCCCUCGUUGUCCUAGAGUAUCAAGGCCCUAGAGUAUCAAGAAGCACGCCAGCGUUAGUGUCAUAGCUGGACUUCGUAAUGACUCGAACUGCCCGGUUCUGAAAUUUUUGUAGUUUAGAACUUAUAGCGUUUCGCCAAGACCAUCAUCCCAGGUUGAAUUAGUGCUUGAUAUACUUGAAUAGCAGUAUUCAUUGAAAUACAGGAUCUUAUACUUUUAAAGCCCCUAUGGCUGAAGCGAUUUUUUGCAUAGUUUAUCAGACAGUAUGCACAGACCACAUAGGGAGGGGGGGGGGGGUUAAUAGGUUCUCGGAUUACAAACGGGAAAUUGACAGCCCAAUACCCUUUGGGGCUGUCAAUUUCCCGUUUAUAAUCUAAAAUGACUGAAAUUGCAAACUUCGCAAGGCUAUAUAUUAUCCGCAUUUUACAACAUUUCGCAACGAAACUUUGGAAUAUUACUAAUUUUGUGAUGCUCUUUCAAGUUGUGAUGAAAUUUUUGUCUAGAUUUGUUUAGAUCAAAAUUUAGUCUAUUAUACGCAAGUGGUCCAUUCAGAGUUGAUGACAUUUUGGUGCUCUUCGGCUGAAUCGGUCGCAUAACUGAUACUUGUAUCAUCUGCAAAUAUUCUUGGAGUUGUAUGAUUGAGACAGUUUGGUAGAUCAUUGAUAUAGAUGUUAAAUAAUAGUGGCCCAAGACUGCUAUAUUGAGGGACACCAGAAGUCACUGGCGCAGAAUUUGACAAUUGUUCAUUUACCCGGCACUUUUGAGUUCUGACAGUGAAAUAAGAAUAAAGCUUGUUUGGUAUAUUGUAGAUUUAAGAUAAAAACAUGGAUCAGGAAUUUCAGAAGCG